ACGCUCAAUUUCGUAGAAGAAGAAAACGGAAGGCCCGCAAUAUUGCAGCUGUGUUUUUGUUAUGUUAGAUUGACGCUGUGUUUGUAUAACAAAAAGUGGUUGACCAACAGCUCCAGUACAAUGGGGAUUGAGGACGAGGCGGACCGCACGCUCUUCAUAAGAAAUAUAGACACAAGAGUAUCGGAGGAGCUUCUGUUUGAGCUGUUUUUACAGGCAGGACCUCUUGUCAGAACAAAAAUUCCGAAAGACGCCGAUGGGAAACAGAAAACAUUCGGUUUUGCUGUUUAUAAACAUGAAGUGUCCGUGCCUUAUGCAAUGCAGCUGCUAAAUGGCACGUCUCUGUACGGGAAAAGCCUCCAGGUGCAGUUCAAAACAGGUAGCAGUCAUAACAGCCCAGGAAACUCACAAAAUUCAAGCCCUGCAAGUACUCCAAAUCCCCACGGUCAAAGGACCCCAGUCCAGUUCAGUUCUCCACCAUACACUCCUCCGCACCAGAUGCAGAGGUCCUUCUCAUCUCCUGAUAGCCUGCAGAAGAACGCCAUGAUGAACAACAUGUUGUGGCAGUUUCAGAUGCAGCAAGUCGAGCAGCUGAGCGAAGUCUUUUCCAAACCUCUGCAGCGGCACUCCUUCGCAGGGAAUUCUGGGAGAGGUGACCAAAGGCAGCAAGACAACAGCCGCCAUCGAUACCAUCCAUCCCAGAUGAACAGAGGCCAGCGUUACGGGGACGAGCAAGGCUCCGGUCGUCAGCAGCAGCACGGCCACGGGCGGGAAAACUACCACCAAAACGACAGGAGCGGCAACCGUCAUUACGACAACAGAGGAAACAACCGUGGCAACCGAGAUUAUGACAGCAAAUGGAGACGAUACUGAGUUCUGUAAAAUACUUAGUUCUUCGCAUUUUUAUGGACUAUUUUCUGAAGAAAAAAAUCUGAGAAAAGUACUAAAUGAUUGUGUAUACUCAGGUCAUUUAUACAUGAUCUUAUCGAUUUAGUAACAACUUUUUUUAAAAAAGAGAUUUUAAAUUUAACUUCUUUCUUGUGACUUUUUUUUUAGAACAAACGUGUAUCCUAAAGAUGUUCAUAGAAGCAAAGACACAACUCAGACAUUGUCAGUAAAUUUUUGAUGAGAAGUUAAAAAAAGGAGCUAAGUUAUACUGGCCAGUUUUCUGUUAUGCAAAUAGUAAAAUGGUGCUGCCAAACAUCAGAAGAUUUUCAGGUACUUUGUAAAAAAAAACAGUUUCAGCUAUAGAUUUCACCAGCAACACUGAAAAUACAACUAAGCAGCAAACUUUUUAAUUUUCUUUUUUAAGAUGUCAUGCUCUUUUCUGAAAAAAGGGCUUUGUUUUGUUUUAUGGUGGUUUUUACUUUUAAAAUUCAGAUCUGUAACAUGCUGUUUUAAAAAUGACCAUUUCCACUAUUAUAAAGCUCCUGUUCUUUUGA